AUGUCAAAGAAUUUAAUCAAGCAAGGCGCAGAAGCGCGUGUCUAUACGACACCUUUCUUAACCCGUGCAGCAAUCGCCAAAGAACGUUUCAGGAAGACAUAUCGCCACCCCUUACUUGAUAAGAAACUCACUGACAGACGGCUGGUUCAAGAAGCACGUUGUCUAGUCAAAUGCCGAAAUAUUGGCGUAGAUGUUCCUGCCGUGUACUUUGUCGAUUUGGAGAAUAGAACUAUUUACAUGGAGUACAUUGAAGGGAAAACUGUUAAUGAUCUAUUAGCUGAUGGUGCAGCAAUCACUACAGAAGAAUCUGAUGAGCUCGCUAAGAAGAUAGGCGAAGCACUGGCUAAAAUGCAUGCAGCGGAAAUGAUUCACGGAGACUUGACGACUUCGAAUCUAAUGAUACGGGAUGUGAACAAAUCUCUGGCAAUAAUUGAUUUCGGACUGAGCUUUAUAACCUCUUGUUCAGUCGAAGACAAGGCAGUAGAUCUAUACGUGUUGGAAAAGACGUUCUUGAGCACGCAUCCACAUGCUCAUCAUCUGUUUUUGACCAUACUGAAAGUAUAUGGGGAAUCGUACAAUAACGCAAAGUCUGUCUUACGCAAGUUGGAUGAAGGUAAAUAA